GUUGCAAAUUAUCAUAAUUGACAAAAUUUUGGGCUAUAAAUGAGAGUUCCGCACCGGGCGCGUUGUUUAGUUCAUUUCAAGUGCGUAACAGAAUGAAGGCGUUCUACUUGCUCCUGGUUUGCUUCGCCCUAGUGGCUCUGGCUCUUGCUGCCCCCGCUCCCCAGCCGGCUGGCAAUGAUCCCACCGUGUCCGUGCUCCGCUACAGCAACGACCGCGAGCUCGAGGAGCUCCAGCGCGCCAUCAUUGCGCAGUACCAACAUCUCGGAGGCACCACCCAAGUCCACGCUCCCCUUGUGGCAAAUGUAAUCAACCCACAAAGCCUGGGAAUCCGAAAUUAAUUUAGCUUCUCGUUGAAACAAUAAAGUUGUUGAAUUUUGUGAAUUUUUAA